AGACGGCGCCGAUGUGGGCCUAGAGAGGCCACAGCCGGACCGGAGGGGAACAAAGGCUUCCGCUCCGCAGAGAGGCAAGAUGGCCACGGCUGGGGGUGGCCCUGUGGCCGACCGGGGAUGUCGGGGUCUUUGCCUUUUGUCUUUCUGCGUCCUCCUGGCAGGUUUGUGCUGGGGAAACUCAGUGGAGAGGAAGAUCUACAUCCCCUUAAAUAAAACAGCUCCCUGUGUCCGUCUGCUCAAUGCCACUCAUCAGAUUGGCUGCCAUUCAUCCAUUAGCGGGGACACAGGGGUUAUUCAUGUAGUGGAGAAAGAAGAGGACCUGCAGUGGGUGUUGACUGAUGGUCCCAACCCCCCUUACGUGGUUCUGCUGGAGGGCACACUCUUUACCAGGGAGGUGAUGGAGAAGCUGAAGGGGAGCACCAGUCGAAUUGCCGGUCUUGCAGUGUCCUUGGCCAAGCCCAGUCCUGCCUCGGGCUUCUCUCCUAGUGUGCAGUGUCCCAAUGAUGGGUUCGGUGUUUACUCCAACUCCUAUGGGCCAGAGUUUGCGCACUGCAGAAAAAUCCAGUGGAACUACCUGGGCAAUGGCUUGGCUUACGAAGACUUUAGUUUCCCCAUCUUUCUUCUUGAAGAUGAAAACGAAACCAAUGUCAUCAAACAGUGCUAUCGAGAUCACAACCUGAGUCAGAAUGGCUCAGCACCAGCCUUCCCACUGUGCGCCAUGCAGCUCUUCUCACACAUGCACGCUGUCAUCAGCACUGUCACCUGCAUGCGACGCAGCUCCAUCCAGAGCACCUUCAGCAUCAACCCAGAAAUCGUCUGUGAUCCCCUGUCUGACUACAACGUAUGGAGCAUGCUUAAGCCUAUAAAUGUAUCUGGGACAUUAGAGCCUGAUGACAGGGUUGUGGUGGCUGCCACCCAGCUGGAUAGCCGUUCCUUUUUCUGGAAUGUGGCCCCAGGGGCUGAGAGUGCUGUUGCCUCCUUCGUCACUCAGCUGGCGGCAGCUGAAGCUUUGCACAAGGCACCUGAUGUGACCACCCUGCCCCGCAACGUCAUGUUUGUCUUCUUCCAAGGGGAAACUUUUGACUACAUUGGCAGCUCGAGAAUGGUCUAUGAUAUGGAGAAGGGCAAGUUUCCUGUGCAGUUAGAAAACAUUGACUCAUUUGUGGAGCUGAGACAGGUAGCCUUAAGAAAUUCACUAGAGCUUUGGAUGCACACAGAUCCCAUGUCUCAGAAAAAUGAGUCUGUACGGAACCAGGUGGAGCAUCUCCUGACCACACUGGAGAAGAGUGGUGCUGGCGUCCCUACUGUCAUCCUUCGGAGGCCGAACCAGUCCCAGCCGCUCCCACCAUCUUCUCUGCAGCGAUUUCUUCGAGCUCGAAACAUCUCUGGUGUUGUUCUCGCUGACCACGCUUCUGUCUUCCAUAAUCGCUAUUACCAGAGCGUUUACGACACUGCUGAGAACAUUAAUGUGAGCUUUCCUGAAUGGCAGAGCCCUGAGGAGGACCUGAACUUUGUGACGGACACUGCCAAGGCCCUGGCAGAUGUGGCCACGGUGCUGGGACGUACACUUUACCAGCUUGCAGGAGGAAGCAACUUCAGUGACUCCAUUCAGGCUGAUCCCCAAACUGUUACCCGCCUGCUCUAUGGCUUUCUGGUUAGAGCCAACAACUCAUGGUUCCAGUCAAUCCUCAGGCAUGACCUGAGGUCCUACUUGGGUGACGGGCCUCUUCAGCAUUACAUCGCUGUCUCAAGCCCCACGAACACGACUUACGUUGUACAGUAUGCCUUGGCAAAUUUGACUGGCCAGGUGAUCAACCUUACCCGAGAGCAGUGCCAGGAUCCAAGUAAAGUUCCCAAUGAAAACAAGGAUAUGUAUGAGUACAUGUGGGUCCAGGGCCCUCUCAACUCCAACGAGACAGAACGACUGCCCCAGUGUGUGCGUUCCACAGCACGACUGGCCCGGGCCUUGUCUCCUGCCUUCGAACUCGGGCAGUGGGGCUCUACUGAGUACUCUACAUGGACUGAGAGCCGCUGGAAAGACAUCAGCGCCCGGAUAUUUCUAAUAGCCAGCAAAGAGCUUGAGUUCAUCACCCUGACCGUGGGCUUCGGCGUCCUCAUCUGCUCGCUCGUCAUCACCUACUGCAUCAAUGCCAAGGCCGAUGUCCUUUUCAUUGCUCCCCGGGAGCCAGGUGCUGUGUCUUUCUAAGGAGAGCGCCAGCUUUUCCUGCCUGCGCUGUGGUUCGCUUCCUAAAUCAUCUGUCCCGCUGGGACAGAAACCACUAGUUUGUCACUGGAACCUCUCUGGGCCUGGCUCAGACUGGGAUUAACAUAAAGAAAUGGAACUGCCCAAAAGAGACAGAUAAACAAGUCCCCAGCUCCCCUUUCUGAUCUCCCCUUCCCUGUUUCUUCUUCCUCCUCCCUCCUCCUCCCCACCCCCAAGCAGGUUCUGGGAUAACAAGUAGAAGCUUCUUGCUCCUGUUUAACUCCUAGCUACCCACCCUGACUCACCCUUCUUUAGGGUCCCUCUUUUACUCUUGCCUGCCUGCCCUGUACCUACCUCUGCUCCCUACACCACUCCCUGUACCCAACCACCUUCCUGACCCGGAAGAAGGACAUGAAGGGUUGACUGCCAGGAACAAACUACAAGGAAGCCCUGAGGAGGAGAACGGGGUGAUCUGUGGGCUGAACUUCCGGUCUCCCUCCUGCCAUUCUGUCUCCAGGCCCUGAGAUGGCACAUCAGGGGGAGUGUGCUGCUGGGUGGGUAUCCCACCUCCAGCCCACAGUGCUCAGUUGUCAUUUUAAUUUAAGCUGUAAUAUCUAUUUUUGUUUUCUUUUUCCUUUUUUCUGUGUGUAAAUAUAUAAAUAGCAAGUUUCAUUAAAAUAGACUAUCCCAUA